UUUAAACAAUCAGCUGUUGUUUGACCGUCCGCCACACAAUCGGGCGUGGAAGAUUAAGAAAAGAAAAAAAAACUCCAUUUAGUGAGCCAGAAAGGGAAAUUCAAUGUUUUUGUGAACUGACAUGGAGCGCUGGAAGAGUCAUGUGCGUGCUCGACUGCAACUCAGAGACCAAGCAGAGAAACUUCCUUACCAAGGCGUCUAUACAACCUGUACGAUUCUUCUUUUUUACAUUUGAAGUAUUCUAUCCAUCUACUUGCCUUAAGUCACAAUUGUCAAUCGUUUUAGUGUCUCAGUUGGAAGAACGCUUUGAAGUUCGCCAGCAGUUUUUAGUCCAGGCAACAAGCUCAGAAGGUGGAGUUAAAGUUGAGAACGUCAGAUUACUUCAACUCAGCCUUAGAGAAAGUGAGCAUCUUGCUGAAAAGCUGUCGCAGACAGUCUCCGACUUGUCCACUGUCCUGUAUCUGAAAGAUGCUGAGCUGCAGCACUGGCAGUCACGUGUGUCCCACCACCGCCAAGAGGCUCUCACUCUGGCUAAAGCAAGAAAUGACCUAAAGGCAACCAUUAACCAACAUGAGUACACCAUUGAGCGUCAGACUAAAGAGCUGGCCGCCCUGCACCUGGAGCAGAGAAGCCUGAAGGAGGCGCUGUCACAGGCUUGGCGCGAGAAGGAGGAUCUCCUGCGGCGGUGGAUGGAGGAGAAGAAGGAAGAGGCAGACAGGCUGAAUAAGUACAACGACGCACAGGAGAGGUGGCAGCGUGUGGCCAGGCACCUGAGGAAGCACCUAUACAGGAAGAAAGACAGUGAGCCCAUCGUGAGCAGCUCCUAAGAGUGACAUUAAAAUGUAUUUCGCGUGCUCAUAAUGGUUGACAGCAGCAUGGUCUGCCUCACAGUCGAGAGGUCCCUGGUUUGAAUCUUACCUCGGGCCUUCCAGUUUGGAGUUUGCAUGUUCUCCACAUGCAAGUUAGGUUCAUAGAAGACUCCUCAUUUAGGCUUAUGAAGGAGUUCAAGUCAGAUCAACAACUUAUAUCAGACGGGUAUAACAGUCUAUGGCUUUGACUGCACUGAUGAUUCAGUAAGACGUCUUACCUCAUCUAAGUGCCUUGUUUCACCUUAUUACACGUGAUGAUGUCACAGUAUAUUACCCACAGUCAGCCUAUUUUGCAAGGGUCUCUCUGUUAUUAUGAUUUUUUUUUUAUCAAAAUGCUAUUUUCCAGGUAAUCUGUCAUUUGUGCCAUUUAUUGAUUUACCACAGGCUAAUAUAAUUUGAGUAACAUGAUUUAUCACCUUUUAACUUGCUUAAAGUGACUGAGAAAAUAAGAUUAUUUUUAAUCCCUUGGUUGUAAUGUAUCUGUAAAGAAAAUUAACUUUUAAACAUGUUUUAAAAACAUAUUUGCUAAUAAACUUCUCAAUGUUUGUGUAAAAUAUAAUAAGCUACUGUUUGGAUAAUUGUAGAAA